GAAGUGAACUCCUGGCUGAAAUUUCAUUUCCAAGUGACAAAACAUCGCUGUUUUUAUAAGACAGCAGCAAAUAGUUUUCAAACUCACGCAUUGUGCGAAGAGAGCUCGUCCCGCUUUUUAAAACUGUGUUUGUAAUGUGACCGGCCACUAUAUUGUUUUAUUACAGUAAUACAGUAGUGAUCGGGUGUUGUGCCAGCAAGAGUAAAGGACAGGUUGUCCACUUAAUGAACGUUCGUCCGCAGGACUGUGGAAAAGAUAGAGACCGUAUGAUAUGCCUGCUCUUACAAUGUCAGAGACCGAAGACUGUCAAAGACGCUUUCAGGCGGCUGUCGACGUCAUUCAAAGCCUACCCAAAAAUGGUGCCUACAGGCCCUCUUAUGAAGUUAUGCUGCGCUUUUAUGGCCUAUACAAACAGGCAGUCUCUGGCCCAUGUACAGUGUCACGCCCUGGCUUCUGGGACCCUGUAGGCCGUUACAAAUGGGAUGCUUGGAAUCAGCAGGGACACAUGAGCCGAGAGAACGCAAUGGCUACUUAUGUGGAUGAAAUGAAGAAAGUCGCACAAGAGGUAAUAGACAAUAUGCCAAUAAAUGAAAAGACUGCAUCCUUUUUCCACUAUUUUGAACCUCUCUAUCAUGUAAUUCAUGAUAUGCCUAGACCUCCAGAGGCACUUCUAACUCUAACAUCAGAUGUAAAUGCCAAAGAACCAAAUGAUGGUUUGGGUGAACAUGAAGAAGAGGGUCCAACACAAGAAUUGGCACCUCAAGAGCAGGACUUCACAGAGACAGUUCCUGAUAGUGAACCUCAGUUGGAGAGCACAGCUUUGUCUGAUGGUCAGGGGCCGACUAGUGACUCGGAGAGUGAAAUCUUCUGUGACUCACUGGAACAGCUGGGUACUGUUAAGGUGACUCAGAUGGGCAUUGGACAUGGUGGCGAGGGGGCAGAGGAUAGUCAUGGUCCCCCCAUGAGGAGGAGGAAUACAGGAAGAGAGAGUCAGCAACAAUACUGGAGAGCACCCUCAGGUAAUAUGGCCCAACAUUAUGCUAGAUGGACGGAGCGGUCUGGCUCAGGGGGAGGCGGUGGAGACAAUUCUGAGGGUGGGCCUGACAGGCUACAGGAUGCCCAGGUGCAACAGCAGAUCAUUCUAGCCUUACGGCAACUCCGAGAGGACAUGCAGAGCGUCAUGGAAAGACUAGAGGUGGUUGAGGGUCUUGCCACUGCGAAUGCCCAGAACUCAAAAUGGAGAUCCCAUGUACAACUGACAUCCCCAGAGGUAAAACUUGUGACAAACUUGGAGAAAUGGUGGCCAUUCGACAUCUCUGGACGCACAUUGCUGCUUUUGUUGGUGUGGCCUUUUGUGACUCAGGGCAUGGUGUUCCUAAUGAGGCAGAGGAAGAGAAGGCUUCAUGUGUGCAUAUGAAUUUACUGUGCUGAGUAGAAAUGAAAGAAAUAGUCAAGUUAAAGAAUGAUCAUUAAUACAUUGUGACCUGGCUUUUGGUGUUUUAAAUAUAUAGCACUUGUUAAUUAGCUUCAGAUGAAGAGAGAAAAUGUUUUAACCUCAUAUAUCUUAAAUGGAUUUUACCAUUUAAUCUUAAAAUGAACAAGAUGAUUGCAAUUUCCAGAGACAUUCUGGGGUGUAUUGUGUAAUUUAAUUUUAUUCAUUUCAAUUUGUUCAGUGUAAUUCUUUUUAUUUGUAGCUAUGUGCAGAGGUAGUCGCUGACUUUGUCAAUAUUGUAUGAUAUCCAUAUUCUUAAUUUAAAAAAUAAGCAACAUUCAUCAGUCAUUUUUGCUGAAGUUUGAAACAUUGGCCAUGUACAUGCCAUCUGCACCAUAAAGAUAGGCACUUUGUAGAACUGAUUAAAAAUAUUGGUGUAAAAUGUACGCAGUCAAAAAGCCUUAAAUAACUAAAGGGGCCAUUACUUGGGGAAUAUGUACACAGAAGCAACCGCUCUGAAAUGAGAAAAAAUAAAAAGAGCCAGCAACAGAAUAUUUUGGACUGUACACAAGAUGUGUUCUGUAAUGAGAUGAUACAAAUAAAUGCACUAAACUGUGGCAUUGUACUUGGAAUAAAGGUCAUCCAAUUUA